UAUUAGGCGCGGCAGUGCUCCGCGCGCCUUCACCCGCGGCGCCUGUGUUGCCGACAAUUUUAUGAUAACUUGUGACAUUGUGUUACAAAAGUGACCGACCUCUAUUAAGUUAUACUAGUAGUGCUAAAACGCCGUAGAAGGAUUCAAUCCUACAAAAAACGCCCUCCAGAUUCCAGACCCUGUUCGGAUAGAAAAACAAACAUACUAUCCCGGAGCGAGAAUAGUACGAGGCGCCACCACGGCGCCCACAUCCACACGCCUGCUGAUGUCACAAUAAAUUGUAAUGCUGACACGCACAAUACCCCACAGAAGACUACGUCCUAGAGGACGACGGAGGACGUUGUAACAAUUAGAGUUUUAAACGUAAGCACAAGUGCCUAAACUACAAAAAUGGUGGCUAACCGUCGCAACUUCCUUUUUAGAGUGAGCAUUGUGAUAAACAUAGCUGUGCUGUUAUACGCAGCUAUGCAGCUAUCAGGGAAUACGACACCCGGGGUUUAUUGGGUCCCCGUCGAUGCGGAAAGAACCGCUGAAUUUAGAUACAUUAAUCAAGACAGAAAUGAUACUUAUACCCGGUUUGAAUCAAGCGGGAGAAACGUAGAAUCCAGUGCUAGAAAUUAUGAAGAGUCGACGUCUCAGAAAACGCCAUCCACCAUGGCGACUACGAAUAAAACCGCAUCUAGUACAGCAUCUGCGCCUGAAGUAGAUAGGAAAGUAAUUAGUGCCGUUCCUGAACCAGAUGCGUCUAAUGCGACUAGUAUUGAUAUAGAGGACGAAGACAGUCUAUCGCCAACAACUUUGGCGUACCUUCGUACCUUGUUAGGAUGCAAUGACAGAGAUAUGUUGCCUCAAACAGAGCAGCGUGGAGAGUUCUGGGUUUUGAAGAAUUUUAUACGAGCGGAUCACGGACUUUUAGCGUGCCAUGAGACUAUCACUUAUACGACGCAUGCAGGAUACGAGUUCCUUGAUAAUGUACAUCCUUUAGUAGAGAGAUGGAUGGCACCAGUGAGUCUGGCUAUUCACGCGCCGGGCGCCGACCUGACUCCCGCCGUGAACAGCAUCAGAUACUUACGGGAUUGUCUGAGCGACGAGAUAGUGAAGCAGUUUGUGACCUUCCACAUCUUCUUCUCUCAUAAGCAUAUUCCUAGUAAGAUUCCAGACCCAGACGUGCUACUCCAAACACCAUACAACUGCUCUGGCAAGCCGCCAUACGAAAAUGUGAACUCGACUUAUAUGAAAGAGAAAAAUCUGCUGUACCCAGUUAAUGUCGCGCGAAAUGUUGCAAGAGAUGCCGCAAUUACACAUUACAUUCUUCCUUCUGAUAUAGAGUUGUACCCUAGUCCGAAUUUAAUACCGCGUUUCUUGAAUAUGAUUGCGAGGAACGCUAAGCCAUUAAGCACAUCUACCAAGCCAAGAGUCUUCCCAAUAAGUAUAUUCGAAGUUGAUGCCAAAUAUCAGGUGCCAUCUUCAAAAACAGAGCUUCGUGCCAUGUUGGCGAACAAAACAGCAAUACCAUUUCAUAAAUUCGUUUGCCCCAACUGCCACAAUAUCCCACAGGGGCAGCAAUGGAUGAAUGCAGCUGAGACCAAUCAGAUGGACGUAUUUCACGUUGGUAAGCGACGUGGUAAAUUCGUGCAUUGGGAGCCGAUCUUCAUCGGAACUCACCAGGAUCCCUAUUAUGACGAGCGGCUAAGCUGGGAUGGAAAGAAGGAUAAAAUGACGCAGGGCUACAUCCUUUGCGUGAAGGAUUACGACUUUAUGAUAUUAAACAACGCAUUCCUUAUCCACAAGCCUGGUAUAAAGCAUUAUGUGAAAAACGCAAAACGGGACUCCAUAGCCGGCCGACAGUCCGCAGUUGUUAAAAGUAUUAUAAUGCCCGAAUUGAAGAAGCUGUUUGGUACGAGAAAUGGCUGCGCGCUGUGACGAAGAUACAAAGAAAAAUAGUAUGUAUUGUAUUUCCACCAAAGCGAAUCGCAUCCAUUUACGAAACAUUUAAUACUCAACUGUACACAACUUAGUCACAGUCGAAGAGAUACUCGAAGCCAUGUUUCAGGGUUGACUCCAAUGUAAUUGCUUGUUUUGACAGUCGUAGUCCUUUGUUUAAUAUAUUUUUAGAUUUCAAUACCAUUCUAAGUCAAUCAAAUUGUAUUUAAUUCAUUCAUUGUGACAUCAAUAUUACACAUGUAUGUGCGUCGAUGUUUUCUUUAGAAAAUGGAUAGUUUAAACAGUGACGCAAAUGCUGUCAUAACAACGUUUCAGAAUUUUGUGACCAAGUUGUACUGCCUAAGCACGUUUUGGUGGAUUAAAGGAAUGCAAAUACAGGGUGCGAUUUUCCGCCUGCCUUUUAUACAUUUUUAUACAUGUGACGAGUAAACGAAACAUAUCAUUCGAUAAUUUUAACUUAGACAAUAUCCAGGUGAAUCCGUGUCUUAAAGUGAAUAUAUUUUUGAAAUUAACAUCUUAAUACUCAAGUUAGUACUCAAAAAUUGUUUAAUUGAGAUUAGUGCCGUCAUUCAUUAUGUUUGAGUAAAGUUUGUCUUGACAUACAAUAUCAAACGUGCUGCAUUUGUGCAUUAUUAUUUCUUUAAAUUCUUAAAAACGUUUCUGUAUUGUGUCAAAACGCAUAUAAGUGUUUUUUUUUUAAAUUUAACUUAGCUUUACCAUUUAAAUCAGUGUUAUUUAAAUUAACUUGACACUUUACUCGGACAUAUUGAACACGGCCAUUCAUAAAACAAGUCCAUCGAGUUUCCUAUUAAAAUAUUCAAGGCCUAUAAGUCAUUUAUUUAGUUUAGAAUGUAAAUAUUAAUAAACUUUGAAGUAAAGGGACACUUGACUGUAUUAUUUAAGUAUUUCUUUACUGCAUUAUUUUUAUAUUAAUAAAAUUGCGGGGCUAAAUUUCAUUGGAAACAAAAAACAAUCACCUGUUUCGAACUUCCAGAAAAUUGCUACUUAUUCACAGGGUCAUUAAAAAAAUGGUACCAGUUAAAACUGGUACUGGCUGACAAAGCACUUGCCUUCUGGCAGUGUGGAUGUUCAGGUUUGCAUCGGUUCUAUAAAAAAAUCAAAGUCUAAUGAAGGUGUUAGGGGAUAAUUUAAAUAAAUGAUAUAAUAAUCAUUUAUUUCUAGUAAUAAAACUCACUCUUUUGUUAGCAACAAAAACAUACAUUUAUUAUGGUAAAGGCUCGAAGUAAGGAAGUAGAACGAUGGCCCCGUAAUUAUUUAAAGUUUUAUUGCUAGUUAAAAUUAAGUUCAUGCAAUUCCAAUGAAUUCGUAAAUCAAAUUAUUUUGUAUAUAUUUUUGUAUUUGGUGCACAAACUAAAUUCCUAAUUGCAUUUUAUAUUAGGAAUUUUAAGUAGAACUUAUAAGUCACUAUUUUGCUUAAGUGCCAGUCCGUUUUCCAUGCUAUUUUAUGUAUAAAUAAGUGUAAGUUAGGUGCAAAACAUGGCCUCAAUAAGAAGUGCUUAAACUCACCACGUUCGAUAUAGUUUAGUUUAGUUUUAAUUAGUCAAUACUCUUGUAUAGGCGAGUUAUCGCACAAGUAUUCCAAUAUUAUUCUUAUGUAUUUAACGUAUUUCAAGUUAGUAGUAUCUGUAGACCAUAUGACAUUACUUAACCGCUAAUUCUCUACAAUCCUAAGUCGUCUCUGAGCCUUUUAAUUUAUAACUUUGUUUAUAAGUAAAAUGAUUAUUAGUUAUAUUAAAUUCCUAGAGAGUUUAUCAACAUACAAUUGUCACCUUGAAAUACGUUCCGCGAUACAAUCCUUAUAUUAUUAUAAUGUUAAGGUUAUAUAGCUUUUGGGUUUUGGUUAUGGUAAUGCAUGUGGUGAGUUUUCACUGGGAGAAGUGCCUCUAUGUUAGAAAUUAGUCUUGCAAUGUGAUCAUGAAAUGAUAACCUCUUUCGGCUAAGCAUUAUUACUGUAAUAGAAUCUCCUAUGUAAUAUGCUUUGUGUAUGAAUAAAAUUGUAUAUGAUUUUUAUAAUUGACAUAUAAAAAUUUACAGGAAUCAUGUAUUCGAUUAAAUGGACAUAAGUAA